UUCCAAGGGCCCCCUGCCGCCUCCCCGGAGCCUGGGCGGCGGCCCCAACCAAGCCCCCCGCCCGGCUGGGUCGGCCCCCGUGGAUGGGCGGGCGGGCGGAGCGGCACGGAGGGCACCGCCCUCGGCCCGCCCGCCGAGGAGGGGACGCGAGCGCGAAGCUGAGCCAGCAGCGCCCGCCCGGGGCCCGCCGCACUCUGUACUCGGCCGCCCGGGCGGCAGGGACGGGACGGUUGCCGGCGCGGGCUCUGCGGGCCGGGAACGGAGUCCGGGCCCGGGCCCGAGCCGCAGCGGGAGGCCAAGAGGGCUGUAGGCAGAGAUGGCGGCCGCAGGGGCCGCGGCGGCCGCGGAAGGGAUGGAGCCGCGGGCGCUGCAGUACGAGCAGACCCUGAUGUAUGGCCGGUAUACUCAGGACCUUGGGGCCUUUGCCAAAGAGGAAGCCGCUCGGAUUCGCCUGGGAGGGCCUGAGACCUGGAGGGGUCCUCCUUCUCCUCGGCCUCCCCCAGAGCUCCUGGAAUACGGACAGAGCCGUUGCGCCCGAUGCCGCAUCUGUUCCGUGCGCUGCCAUAAGUUCCUAGUGUCCAGGGUUGGUGAAGACUGGAUCUUUCUGGUCCUGCUGGGGCUCCUCAUGGCUCUGGUUAGCUGGGCCAUGGACUAUGCCAUCGCUGCCUGUCUGCAGGCUCAACAGUGGAUGUCCCGGGGCUUGAACACCAGCCUCUUGCUGCAGUACCUGGCCUGGGUCACCUACCCCAUCGUCCUCAUCACUUUCUCAGCUGGAUUCACACAGAUCCUUGCUCCUCAGGCUGUCGGGUCCGGCAUCCCUGAGAUGAAGACCAUCUUGCGCGGGGUAGUGCUGAAGGAAUACCUCACCCUGAAGACCUUUGUAGCCAAGGUCAUUGGGCUGACCUGUGCCCUGGGCAGCGGGAUGCCCCUUGGCAAAGAGGGCCCUUUCGUGCAUAUCGCCAGCAUGUGUGCUGCCCUACUCAGCAAGUUCCUCUCCCUCUUUGGGGGCAUCUACGAGAACGAAUCCCGGAACACGGAGAUGCUGGCCGCGGCCUGCGCCGUGGGAGUGGGCUGCUGCUUCGCGGCACCUAUCGGAGGCGUCCUGUUCAGCAUUGAGGUCACCUCUACCUUCUUUGCUGUGCGAAACUACUGGCGGGGCUUCUUUGCUGCCACCUUCAGUGCCUUCAUCUUCCGGGUCCUGGCAGUCUGGAACCGUGAUGAAGAGACCAUCACGGCUCUCUUCAAAACUCGCUUCCGGCUUGACUUCCCCUUUGACCUCCAGGAGCUACCCGCCUUUGCUGUCAUCGGUAUUGCUAGUGGCUUUGGGGGAGCGCUCUUUGUCUACCUGAACAGGAAGAUUGUGCAGGUGAUGCGGAAGCAGAAAACCAUCAACCGCUUCCUCAUGAAGAAACGCCUGCUCUUCCCGGCUCUGGUGACCCUGCUCAUCUCCACUCUGACCUUCCCCCCUGGCUUUGGACAGUUCAUGGCCGGACAGCUCUCACAGAAAGAAACUCUGGUCACCCUGUUUGACAACCGGACAUGGGUCCGCCAGGGCCUGGUGGAGGACCUGGAGCCGCCAGGAACCUCACAGGCCUGGAGCCCACCGCGUGCCAACGUCUUCCUCACCUUGGUCAUCUUCAUUCUCAUGAAGUUCUGGAUGUCCGCGCUGGCCACCACCAUCCCAGUGCCCUGCGGGGCCUUCAUGCCAGUCUUCGUCAUCGGAGCGGCAUUUGGGCGGCUGGUGGGCGAAAGCAUGGCUGCCUGGUUCCCAGAUGGGAUUCACACUGACAGCAGCACCUACCGGAUCGUGCCCGGAGGCUAUGCAGUGGUGGGGGCCGCUGCACUGGCAGGAGCAGUGACACACACAGUGUCCACGGCCGUGAUUGUGUUCGAGCUCACGGGCCAGAUCGCCCACAUCCUACCCGUCAUGAUCGCCGUCAUCCUGGCCAACGCCGUUGCCCAGAGCCUACAGCCCUCACUCUAUGACAGCAUCAUCCGGAUCAAGAAACUGCCCUAUUUGCCUGAGCUGGGCUGGGGCCGCCACCAGCAGUACCGGAUGCGAGUGGAGGACAUCAUGGUGCGGGAUGUUCCCCACGUGGCCCUCAGCUGCACCUUCCGGGACCUUCGGCUGGCACUGCACAGAACCAAGGGCCGCAUGUUGGCCCUAGUAGAGUCCCCUGAGUCCAUGAUCCUCCUGGGCUCCAUUGAGCGCUCACAGGUGGUGGCAUUGCUGGGGGCCCAGCUGAGCCCAGGCCGCCGGCAGCAGUACAUGCAAGAGCGUCGAGCUGCCCAGGCCUCUCCACCAUCUGAUCAGGAGAGCCCCCCUAGCCCUGAGACCUCCGUCCGAUUCCAGGUGAACACAGAGGACUCAGGUUUCCCUGCAGCCCGGGGAGAGACUCACAAGCCCCUGAAGCCUGCUCUCAAGAGGGGGCCCAGCAACACCAUGAGCCUCGGGGAAAGUCCCACAGGGAACAUGGAGCAGGCAGGCAUCGCCCUCAGGAGCCUCUUCUGUGGCAGUCCACCCCCUGAGGCUGCUUCAGAGAAGUCGGAAUCAUAUAACAAGCGCAAGCUGAAGCGGGUCCGAAUCUCCCUGGCGAGUGACUCAGAUCUGGAAGGCGAGAUGACCCCUGAGGAGAUUCUGGAGUGGGAAGAACAGCAACUGGAUGAACCUGUCAACUUCAGUGACUGCAAAAUUGACCCCGCCCCCUUCCAGCUGGUGGAGCGGACCUCUUUGCACAAGACUCACACCAUCUUCUCGCUACUGGGAGUGGACCAUGCUUAUGUCACCAGUAUUGGCAGACUCAUUGGGAUCGUCACUCUAAAGGAGCUCCGGAAGGCCAUCGAGGGCUCUGUCACAGCACAGGGCGUCAAAGUCCGGCCGCCCCUCGCCAGCUUCCGUGACAGUGCCACCAGCAGCAGUGACACGGAGACCACGGAGGUGCAUGCACUCUGGGGGCCCCGCUCCCAUCAUGGCCUCCCACGGGAGGGGAGCCCUUCUGACAGCGAUGACAAGUGCCAAUGAACCCCUCAAUGGGCGGCCUAGGAUGGCAGUGGCCGUGGCAGUUGGCCAAUCCUGAAGCUCUCCUAUUCCUUCUGCCUUGGGAAAGGAGGUGGCUACACUAAAGGCUGGAGCCCUAGCCUCCCUUCCAGGCCUGGGGUGGUGCCAAGCUCCUCCUGGUUCGUCCUACCUGGAAUCUGACCGAGUGCCUACCUGCAGCAAGUAUUCCAUGGGCAGGAAGAUCAGCAUCCCCCCUGGCAGGAUAGGGGUGGAGUCACUUGACCCCUGCUCCCCCUCUGAGGGGAAAAGGGGUAGAACUAAGAUGGGUUUAUACUGGAACCUCCUCCAAUGACCAGAUGUAUAUAGAGAUUUACAAAGAUUUUUAUAUUAAUUUAAUAAAACAAAUUCUUAAAUAGAACAAAAUAAACACCUAAUGAGCCACUUAUAUAUAGAA